AUGCGAAUCCAAAAAGUGGACGAUAUAUUCGAAUUGGAUUCUUACCAACUCGUCGUUCUUACAUUCAAUGAGUUUCUAAUUUUCACAAUGCUCUCCAACGUGGUCUUCAAUAUGUUUGGAGCAGCAGCACCUCGUGUUCCAGGCUGUGAUGAUAUCGUUUACAAUGCGACAAGCCCCUUUCAACAAUGCGAACAAUACGAUCUACAUUUGGAAUGUCAAAAACCACAGAUGGUUUAUGAAUUCAAAUCAGUGGCAGUGGAAUUUGAAGAACUUUGUAAUCGACACGAACAAGAAUCUUAUAUGGAUUCGAUUACUCAGCUAUUUGGUGUAAAUAACAGAGUUCGGUUUUCAACAACUUCCCAAAUGAUUGGAAUCAUGAUUGGAUCAGCCGUAGCUGGACAGUUAUCAGACUUGUAUGGACGCAGAAAAAUUACUCUGGCAUUCCUCUGCUUGAUGCUAUUCUUUUCGACGUUUUCCAGUUUUUCUUCAACUAUCGAAAUCUUUAUUAUCUUCCGAUUUUUUAUUGGAAUCUGUUGUGGUGGAUUGACAACAGUCGGUUGCAUUUUUGUCGUGGAAAAUCUUCCAUCCGCCCAUAGGUUGUGGAUGAGUACCGUAGUCACAUGGGCUCCAAACUACAUGCUCUUUGCCUUAUGUGCUUAUAUAACUGGAGAUUGGAGAUAUUUGGCAAGAAUGUGUAAUGUUAUGACUAUUAUCGCUAUUGCUUUGUGUGCCUUCUUGCUCCCGGAAAGUCCCAAGUAUCUUAUCCAGGCGAGAAAGAGAAAAGAGGCAAUAAAAAGUGUUACAUAUAUAAAUAAAUUCAAAAAGAUCAGAAAUCAAAUAACAGAUGAAGAAAUCGAAUCUGUUGUACACAGUGCUAUCGAGGCAGACAAAAAAUCCAGAGCAAAAGCAAAGAAAUACAGUUUUAUUCAUCUUUAUAUUCACCCAAAAAUCACCAUUCAAACAAUUGUGGCAUCUAUUUCAAUGUUCUCCAUCAGUUACGUCACCUAUGGUCUUCUAUUCAACUACGACGUUCUCAGUGGUUCAAUUUACAUGAAUGCAGCUGUUUCUGGAUUCCUUCGAUAUGUUGUUGGCGCAGUUGUGGCUGUUAUGGAUCAUUUUGGAGGACGAUAUGUUGGAAGAAAACAAAUGCAUUUUAUUACAGUGUCCUUUAUAAUGUGCUGCAUGUUUGGCAUUUUUUAUAUUUAUUUCAAUGAUAUGGUUGUGGAAUACAAAAGCUGGAUUCGUGCUCUCACUCUUCUUGCCUUUGGUACCACUGGUUGUUUGUUCCUUCAACUUUUGUUAAUCACUGCUGAAAUGUUCCCAACGGGCAUUCGAAACAUAGCAUCAGCCCAUAUUAAUGUCUGCGGUCGACUUGGAAAUGUAUUCGGGCCCAUGGUUUUCAGUUAUAAACUCGGAUUUGCUGGAUCCGGAUACCUGAUUCUUGGAGUAAUUUGUCUUCUGGAUGUGAUCGUAUUCCACAUAUUUAUUCCUGAAACUAAAAAUCAACCACUUCCACAAGGAAUGCCUACAAAAAAGAAGCAGAAAAAAGAUCCAGAAGCUCAGACGACGUUGAUGACGAUAUCAGAAGAACAAGAAGCUAAAUAA